GCCUAUAUUUGGCAUAAGCUGUAGUAAGAGCUUUAGAGGAAAUGUAGUCUGAAAAGCAUUACAAGCAAAAAAUGUUUGUCUUGUUUUGAGGAAUUCAUGUACAAGUGACUAGUAUUGCUUUUCCUAGUGACUGAGCAAAACUCAAAGCAGCUUCUAAAGAAGGGCUGUUCUGGCACUGAAGCAAAGCAAGACCAAAGUGGAAGCCAUUUUGCAGGGUAAAGACCUUAUUAUGACAUUUCAUGGGAUUGGACAGUUUAACAAUCAAGUGAUAUAUGUGAAAAUGUCAGAGGAAAACCAGAAAAUGCUUUGCAGAAUUGCAGAAGCUGUGGAAAAAUCUUUUAAUGAAAUGAAUCUUGACAUUUCAUGGAGCAAGGAUUUCAAACCACACCUUACUUUCUUAAAGCUCUCCAAGGCACCAAGACUGAAAAGAAAGGGCUUCAGAAAAAUUUGUUCGGAUCUGUACAAAGAGUAUGAAGACAGUUAUUUUGGCACUGAGGUCUUCAGUCGAAUUGAUCUCUGUGCCAUGCGUAAGAAGAAACAGGAAUCUGGUUACUAUUACUGUGAGUGUUCAAUUCAUGUGGGCUCCAGAGGUGCAGAAGAGAGCAAAGAACAAGGAAUGCAGACAGAGGGUGUGAAAGUAACAACCAGUGAAGCCCCUUCAAGUGCUGCAGGGGCUGAUACAGGAGUGACUGCUGCGAGCUGUAACCUUGCCUUGCGUUCAGUAGUAGCUGACAAUAAAACAUCUGAAAACAUUGCUGAGGCUUUAAUUGCGAGUGAAGAGAAGGAAAUCAACGAGGUCAAUGAACAGCCUGAAGCCACAGAUGAGACUUCUCUUGCAGCUGAUGAGGUCUGCUCAAAGUUGGUGCGCGGCCUGUUGCUGAGUGUGGAAGAAGAAUGGGAAAAAGCCAGUGUUGUAGAUGGUAGCCUGCAGGAAACCAAAGCAAUAGAAUCUGCACCUGAUGUGCCAACAAGUUCAGGAUGAAGUUAUCAUAGCCCUCUGUGAUCUGUGCCCACCUCUGGUGAUGGUGAAGGAAGGCAAGUGGUGUGGCAUUGGGCUGGGGAAGGAGGUGCAGGGAUAGUGAGUUUUUGACAGGAAACAGACUUUCUUGGAGACUGACAGAAACAGAAGUAGAAAAAACUGAGAGAAAAUAUCAUGGAACACUGUGUCCUAAUGGUGAAAUGCCUGGGUCUAAAGUAAAACAAACCGCAGGUGUCUGUUUGUACCAAAAAGAUAAAUUUGUCUGGGGCAUACAGGAUAAAGCAGAAGCAAUGCACUGAAGCCAGAGCAGAUGUCAGAAGUGUGUGUUUCAGAAGCAGAGGUUUCUGCCUUGGUCGUAUCUCUUCUCCCUGCCCAUUCUGCCUGCUCUGUGCUGGCAGCCCCUGGCUCUGCCCUCUCCCAUGGAAUGCACGCAGCUGCUCUGGGUUAAGGUUCUGUGCUGUUUCUGUGACACAAUCAUUUAUGCUGUGACUGGUGGGGCUUCAGUUGUUAAUGUGCUUGCGUGGAAUAUGUGCUUUGGUUCCAAAAGUAGCUACUUAAUGUGAAAAUUUUGUCUGACUUAUGGAAAUGGAUUAUUUUAUUCCACCACAAAAUGCUGUAAUACCAAGAAUUUUUCUUUACACAUGAGUUGUUAAGGAAGGACAGGAAGGGUGAUCAUAAUGAACUAAUCUUGUAAAAUGCCUUGGAGCAGAUGAGGCACCACGGUCUUUCUCUAACCCUACGUAAUGUCGUAGUCCCAGGACAGGACAAAACAGAACCGGAUUCACUUCGGACAGGACGAGGUUAAGGGCUUUGUGUCGCUGCUGGGACUGAAGCCUCCUCGCUUUGCAUGCUGCCCCCCGAAGCCACGGCGAUCCGUGCCGGCGGCUCCCGGGCAUGGCAGAAUGGGGCCGGCAGGUGGCACUGCGGGAGAGCGGCGGCACCGGGAGGGGAGGGAUGCGCUGCCCUGCUGCCUACAUGGGGCUUGGGCAGCUCCGGAGGGGCGAUGAGGGUGGGAAAGGUGGCCAAGAGCCUGGAAAAUGCUGUGCAUCCCGUUCUGCUCCACCUGGUUAUUUAAAAAUGAUGCUUGGUCUUGAAAAGCCUUAUUUCUUCAGAAAAAUGUGUGCGCUGUGGGGGGAGAAGUGUAAUAGUCCUUCAGAAGAGAAGUAUCAAGCAUAUGUGUUUGACUUCCAUACAUAGCGCAUGGCAAUAUGGCUCUGGGCAGUGUACCUAGUGUGCACUCUGUUAAACUAACAUUGUGAAAUGAAGCUGUCCAGCUGGUUACCGGCCGUGUGAGCCUGGAUGUGUGUCCUGGUUGUUGGGAGCAGAGGGAAGCCAGGUUUGGGGGCUGGUGUUGAGUGGGAGGACAGGGCUGGCUCUGCAUGCAAUGAACAGCUUUGUGCCCCGCACUGAGGUUCGGAGCAGCGCUUGGCACAGCAUUUAUUUGUCACUCCGCUGAAGGUUGCGCACUUGUGAAAGCCAUGUCCCUCAGUGGUCUUCUAAAUGCAAAUCUGAGAGCGGCUAUUCACCGCUGCUCUGAGGUCUUCAAAAUGCGGCUCAACUGCACAGUGCCAGAGGGAAGGCUUUGAGAUUAAUUUCAGAGAGUAGUUACCAGCAAGGCUUGUAACUCUCUGCAUCAGCACACUGGGGACGAAACUGUUUUCCAGAGAACUUUGCCAUAAACACAGUUUCCUCAGUGUAUUUAAUGAUUCCCUAAUUGGGCAGAGGAUCAAGUAGAGUCAUUCAUCUUACAAACCUAAGUGGAUUCAAUGGCCUAGGACCGAGCACACUUUACAAUGAGCUGUAUUUGUUCUUGUUGAAAAUGUUAAUUAUCUUUUUAUAGACAGAUGGCACUGGAGUGUAGCAAAUGUGUGGUGAACCUGCGCUCAGAAACGUCUGGGUGUUAAAUGCCUACAGAUUCCAAUUUAAGUUUAAUUCUGUUUUAGGAAUAUUGUGAUCCUUGUGGGGUAAUUAAUUUCACUUAUCUUAAGAGUAUAGUAGCGUUGUUUUGGUACAUUAAGUUAAAGUAAACACUUAAGUUAUAUUGCUACAAUUAAUCUUCAUAAUUUACAAUAGUGCUUAGAACAAAAUGUAUUUGGUAGACAGUGUUCAGCUCUUUAUCCUUUAAUGACAACUAAUUCAAAACAAGUUUCUGUAAUGUUAUUCAAGUUAUAACAGCAUAUAAAAGUAUACUUUCAGCUUCAUGACGGAGAGUGUAACGGGGAUUUUGUUGCUCUGCUUUAGGCAUAGGAAUUCAUGUUGUAGUCCCCUGGUGUAAUUUGUUCAAAAUUAAUUGAAAUAUAUUUGAUUAUUAGUGGGUGAAAAUAAAAUAAUUGUGCUGAAUAAGC